CACCCAACAAGAAAAAGGGACGUGCCGCUGCUGCAGUUAGCGUAUGAACAUGAUGAACCUUGUCCUGGUUUUAGUAUCAUGACUACUGCCCACAAUACUAAUAAUGGCUUCAUUUUUAUCUAUUGCUUUUCUCCUCGGUCCUUACCUAAUUCUUUGCUAUUUCGUCCCUACGAUCGGUCUUAGGUACGCCAGGGUGUUCUUCAAUCUCUUCUAUAACCUGCGAAUACCUUCAAUUUCUCUAUGCGUUGAUCAUCCACAACCAUGGCCCAACUACCGAAGCGAAACGCGACAGAUUAUAGUUUCUACAGCUUCUUCACCCUUUAAACUUUCCCCCGAUGGCACGGGUAUUCGGCUGCAGUAGCUACGCUGCGGGACAUCCCAUACAUCAAAAGCCCGAAAAUCCAACUGAAUGAUCCACUACCAACCGGGCCGUAGACGUACGAUUUCUACCCGUUGCAAGAAUUGUUUUUUCCCCAACAUCCAACACCUCCAUCACCUCAUCCAACCAACAUAAAGAAAACACACCGCCAUGAAAAGAAUGACUUGUCAAAGAUAUCGGUAUUCGCCAUCUCUCCUGAUGGUGGACCAAAGUCUCAAUAGUCUCACUUGACCGAAGAGAUAUACACCAUCCUGUUUGGUACAAGUUUCAAUAGUGAAGACAGUAAACCGCCAACAAAGGAGGAAGUUGGUUGCCACUGUUACACAUACUGCGGGGUUCUUCGGUGGCUGAGGUCCAGAUCUAGGUCCCCUGGAUCUGGAGUGGGAUAGCACUUGUAUCUAGAACCAUCUUGGGUACUCGGUACCUCUCCUCAGGGAAAAUACCACCAUCAAUUUUACCUGCAAUCGAUUGCGUCCCCGUUUUCUCCUCCUCCAGCAAAAGAGAAUACGAAAAGAUGGGCUCUUCCAGCGAUGAAUUGGUGAAGAGGGCCGAGGCGAUUCUGGCUGCAGCUAAGCAGUACAAGGGCGAUCGUGGGGAAAGGUACGAGUUGAUGAAGCAACUUGAUGUGAUGUAUUUGGAUUUGGAGGAUCCUGUAGAUGGUUUGAUGAGACAAUGGACUUUUGUAAGUUAAUCAAUCUUCACAUGAUUUUCUAUGCUCGAUUUCGGAAGCUUUCAUCAAUUCAGAGAGGUCCAAUUGCUGAGUAUUACUAUGUAGAUGAAUACAUCGACUGCUCUAGAUGUCAUGGUACAAAUGGGAGCUUUUGAGAAAAUGCCCAAACAAGGUAGCAUCACAGCAAAAGAACUCGGAGCUGCAAUCAAUUUGGAGCCCGGAAUCGUAGGUAUGUAACCUGAGUUCGAACUACACACAGAGAUAUUUUCUAACAUUAUUCAGUCCGUCUCAUGAGGAUGCUCACAGGAACCGGUAUCAUCGACUUAGUCGGAGAAGACACCUACUCCCACACGCCCAAAUCCAAAAUCUACCUCGAAGGAGCAGCCGUAGACUUCUUCAACCUAUGGUAUUUCCAAUUCCCUUGUCACGCUGAAGGAGUGAAGACUAACAUACUAAAACAGCAUAAACAUGCGCGCCUCCUACUUCCGCUGGCCAGAAUACUUCAAAACCAAAACCCCAAGCGACCUCCUUGACCUCCGCAAGACCCCCUACUCCUUCGCCUACAACAUGGAAGGCCACACCUUCUACGAGGUCCUCACCGCCUCACCCGAACGUCUCAACAUGUUCAACAAAGCCAUGACACAGCAAGAAGCCGGUCUCCCCAUCCUAGGCAUAUUCCCCUUUGCGUCGUUGAAAGAGGCUGUUCUGGCUGAGCCCGAGCGCGCGUUUAUGGUUGAUAUUGGCGGUGGGAGGGGACAGGCAUUGCUCGCUGUGAAUAAGGAGACGGAGGGUGUCUGGGGAUGUGGCGCAAAGAUGGUGUUGCAGGAUCGGAAGGUGGUGUUGGAUAGUAUCUCCCCUGAGGAGGCGGCGGGUGUGGUGAAGAUGGAGUAUGAUUUUUAUACUGAGCAGCCUGUUAAGAGUUCGUUCUUCCUUUCCCUAUCCCCUUAUCCUCCCUAUAAACUCCCCCCUAAUAUCCCCAGACGCACACAUCUACUACUUCCGCCGCAUCCUCCACAACUACCACGACCCCCUCGCCCUCCGCAUCCUCCGCAACACCGUCGCCGCCAUGGGCCCCUCCUCGCGUCUCCUCAUCGCCGACCUCGUCAUCCCCGCCCGAACCGAGGUAGGUGAGGAUAUGAGUCCCUACUGGAUGGAUAUGGUGAUGCUUUCUAUUGGUGGUAAGGAGCGGAGUGAGAAGGAGUUUCGGACGUUGCUGGGGAGUGUGGGCGUGGAGGUUGUGGGGGUGUGGAUGAGGGGGCAUCAGGGGGUGGUGGAGGGGAGGGUGAGGGGUUAG